AUGACUGAUCGAAACGAACUGAUUGGUGUUGCUAUUCGAGUUGUUGCAGCAGCAGCAGUCUCUUUUCUUUCGGUUAGGUAUUUAGUUAAAUACUUGGAUCCGAACUACAGCGUGAACCAAGAUUGCAAAAAGAAGGUCGCAACAUUGUUUCGCGAGCUUGGUAUAGAUCGGGAAAUUGAACUUUCUGAGCACGAGGUUCGGAUUGCUACACAAUUUGUUGGUGGAGAAGACGUUGGAGCCGAAUGGGAUGAAAUUGGAGGAUGUGAAGAAUUGGUUGCGGAGUUGAAAGAUCGUAUUAUUCUUCCAUUGAGGUUCGCUGCUCAAAGUGGAAGUCACUUGCUCUCUCCUCCACGCGGAAUUCUCCUGUAUGGACCUCCAGGAUGUGGAAAAACUCUACUAGCAAAAGCUGUAGCAAGAGCAGCUGGAUGCAGAUUCAUCAACCUUCAAGUUUCAAUCCUUACCGACAAAUGGUAUGGAGAAUCCCAAAAACUUGCCGCUGCUGUGUUUUCAGUCGCACAGAAAUUCCAACCAACGAUAAUUUUCAUUGACGAAAUUGACUCUUUUCUUCGGGACAGGCAGUCUCAUGAUCAUGAAUCAACAGCAAUGAUGAAAGCACAGUUUAUGACAUUAUGGGAUGGAUUCGCCAGUUCUGGAGAUCAAGUUAUUGUAAUGGGAGCUACAAACCGACCAAGGGAUGUGGAUGCUGCCAUUCUUCGGCGAAUGACUGCUCGUUUUCAAGUUCCAGUACCGAAUGCUAAACAGAGAAGUCAAAUCCUCAACGUAAUUUUGAGAAAUGAAACAUUCGAAGACUCCGUCGAUUUAGAAGAAAUUGCCCAGAAGGCGGAAGGACUCAGUGGAAGUGAUUUGAAAGAGGUUUGCCGACUUGCCCUCCUCGCAAGAGCCAAAGCUACUGUAGCUUCUGGUGGCUCUGUUCAACGACUUCUUCCAUUGGAACAAACUGAUUUUGAGUCUGCCGUUCGAAAAUACAUGCGAGCUGCCCAGUUGCUUGUCGAAGAGACUUUAGAUUAA